AUGAUGAGAACGCUGUCUACUCAAUUUCGUUCCAUCAAACACCCACGCCCAAAUCCAAACCCUAAAUUAUCCAAAUCGUCCUCCCCUACAAAAUCAGAAAUAAAAUUCAACGUGAAACCAAAAUCAGAGCCAGAGUCAGAGUCAUGGUGUGUUUAUCUCCUCCUCUCCACCAACCAUCCAAUCAAAACCUACGUUGGGAUCACAAACAAUUUCCCUCGCCGUUUGAAGCAGCACAACGGGGAACUUAACGGAGGUGCAAAGGCAUCCCGUGCUGGAAGGCCUUGGAUUUGUGCAUGCAUCGUUUGUGGUUUUCCAGACCGGAGUGAAGCCAGUAUAUUUGAAUCAAAAUGGAAAGCUAUCUCAAGGAGAGCUCCCCGCAAAAGUGAAAAUGAUCGUCUCUCCAAACAAAGUGAAGAUCCAUCAUUACCUCUGCUGCGACACAGACAGGCAGCUUUGAAAAAAGUGAAAGCUUCACUAGACUGCACUCACUUAGAAAUUAUUUGGCAUUUGGAUCCAUUUUGA